CUUUCCCGAUCGCAUCAAAAACUCCGUCCGGCCGAAUCCAGCAGCGCACUACUCUUCGGCCCCUUUGUCUCUAGUCGCAGCCCGGACCUCACGGCGCACACACCCACCCCGAUCCCGGAUCCCCAAAUCCCCCGGCGUGAUGGCGGCCAGCCUGUGGCGCGCGGUGAUGGGCUCCUCCUCGGCUGGCGCCGAUGACCCGGCGACGGGCGGCGUGGAGUUCUGGCACGGGGCGGAGCGCGCGGGGUGGCUGACCAAGCAAGGCGAAUACAUCAAGACGUGGCGGCGGCGGUGGUUCGUGCUCAAGCAGGGGCGGCUCUUCUGGUUCAAGGACCCCGUGGUGACGCGCGCGUCGGUGCCCCGCGGCGUCAUCCCCGUGUCUUCCUGCCUCACCGUCAAGGGCGCAGAGGACGUGCUCAACCGCCAGUUCGCCUUCGAGCUCUCCACCCCCACCGAGACCAUGUACUUCAUCGCUGACGCCGAGAAGGAGAAGGAGGAGUGGAUCAACUCUAUUGGCCGAUCCAUCGUCCAGCACUCUCGCUCCGUCACUGACGCCGAGGUCGUUGACUACGACAGCCGUCCCCAACCCUCACCGCGGGCCAAGAAGAGCGAGGCGAGUGAGCCGUCAGAGUAAGAUUGCGGUGAACCACCUCUCUGUCGGUAUGCCUCUCAAUUGUAUCAACUCAAAGUGAUUGUGAAUUUGUGUUUUUGUUUCUUAUUCUUAUUGUAUGUAUAUUAUUGACUGUCGUCUGGGAAUAAUUGGAUUUCAGUGUAUAGUUCUUUGACACUUCCAAUUGGUUGCUUGCCGUAUCAUGACUUGCAAAUUGAUUAGCAUCUA